AUGACAAAUGUUGGCACAAUAUUGAUGGCAUGGUUCAAGUACAACAAGAAGCACAUAGAUGCUCGCAAACAUCUCUACUACGAUUUUCCUUCUCAUUUCAUUUGGAAUUCAAAUCAGGCUGCAUGUAGAGCUCUUGGCUUAUUGAUCAAUAAUUGUGAAUGGGAUGCUUGCAUGGAAGAACCCCCUGCACAUGAGUUACUGUCAUCAAUAAGACAAUUAUUUGCUGUUCUCUUGGUAUUCUGUCAUGUAUCUGAUUCUUACGCUCUCUGGAUUACCCAUCACUCCUCAAUGAUGAAAUACUAUCUCCAACAAGAAGACCUCUGUGCCAAGGCAUCCACUUUACCAGAUUCUGAUCUUUUUCUGUUUAACAGUAAUCAAAGAACAGUGUACAACACAAUCUUAGAUCCACUAAAUGCAACUAAGAUAUCUUUCUGGUUUUUCUUUAUUGAUGGCCCUAGUGGUACUGGCAAGACGUUCAUAUUCAAUGCAUUACUGAGAAAGGUUAGACAGAAAGAAAAGUUUGCCCUUGCAGUAGCAACAAGUGGAAUUUCUGAAUGGUGGCUGCACAACACAUUUGCUUUUCAUGAUCCCAUUUGA